ACAAAUUAAAGAGAGAAGGAAGGAGAUACCAUCUAUCUCGUUUCUGCAUUUUUCUCUCAAAAUCGCCAUCACUUCUUCUGCGUCACUUCUAUAAGGUAAAAGAUUGGGGAGCAAAGGACUACCAGUAUGGAUUGUUAUUGUCCUUUACCAGAAGAUCUUGUGGUUGAUAUUUUAUUGAUGUUGCCAGUGGAACCACUCUUGCGUUUCAAAUGUGUGUGCAAGCACUGGUAUGCUCUCAUCAAAAGUGAAAGUUUCAUAGAGAAGCAUUUUCAUCACAAGAACAAUCGUGCCCGUCUCCUCAUUUGCAACUUGAAAUUAGAAAAGGAAGAACACACCCUCGUAAAGUCUGUUGUAGUCUCCUUGCUCCCUGAAAAAAUAGUUCCGGGUGUGACCCCUGAGCAAAAAAUUCUCCUUCAUCUUCCGAGGACCGAUUAUUUCAAGUGUGUUGCUGGCCCAGUUAAUGGCUUAUUCUUACUGCAGGAAGUAUUUUGUGAAUACGGUGUCCGCUUGAGUUUGUGGAAUCCUGCCACCAGAGAGUUCUGGCCUCUGCCUCCUGAGCCUUUUGAGAUUAAGCACUUCUUCUGUGACUAUGAUCAUCAAUUUGGAUUGGGGUUUGACCUGUUGACUCAGGAUUAUAUAGUUGUUUGGAUUCGAGUAUUCUUUGAUAAUCAGGGACGAGGACAGGGACAGGAACAGGGCGGUUACCCUCAUGUCUAUGUCUGUGUCUAUUCCUCAUGCGAUAACUCAUGGAAGAACCUAGAAUUUCCUUCCAGUUUUACGUCAGGUUCUCUCUAUUUCGUCAUAUAUCUGAACGGGGUUUAUUAUUGGAGUUGUAGGAGCCUUGAUAAUAUAUACAAGAUUCAGUCAUUUGCCAUGGGCAGCGAACAGUUUGGGGAGAUGCAAGGCCCAGAUAUUCCAGGUGAACGCUGGAGGAGGCUGACAUUGCGUGGAGACUCGCUUGCAAUGUUAGUCAGUGAUAAGUCUAUGACAUCCAUAUAUGAAAUGAAACAAGAGGGAAGUUGGUCCAAAGUGUUUACUGUUCAACCUCGUAUAGAUGUUGCUCAUUUGCCUAACGAUAUUUGGGAGAAUGAUAAAGAUUAUUUUUGAACUGACAGAAACUUCACAGCUGGUGCUAUAUGACCCUACAACAAGUCAAGUUACAGAUCUUGGAAAUCAGCUGAGGCUUAUUGCCUCUUAUGUUUUCAAUUACAAGGAGAGCCUAGCUCUAAUAAAGAGAGGAAAUGAGACUCAGGACCAGGAUAAUGCUGAACUUAAAAUUGCUUGUAAGAGCUAUUAGAGUUUUCCAUUUUAGAGUCUUCAGUGAUCAUUGAUUCAUGAAAAGAUAUUAGAUUAUGGCUACAUUUAACAUUUUGGAGUGUGUCUAUGCAUGCUAUGAAAGAAAAUAGACUGAGAACGCCUUUAAGGCGAGAAGAAUCGAUUGUCCUUAAAAGA